GUGUCAUCAAUCACUUUCACUGUAAGUUUGGUCGUUGCCAAACUAACGAAAACGAGAGAUAUUCCAUGGGCAAUAGCCACGAAUGCAUUUCAUAUAUUUCUCACCUCUCUCUUCUCUCUCUCUCUAUUCUUUUUUUCUGCAUCUGGCUCGCAAGUAGUUUGUGAUGAGGACUGAAUAAAAGGAUUCAGUUUUCUAUGAAGUCAAACAAAUCAUGGAGGUGGCCAAAGACAGAAAAGAAAGUCUUGUUUGAUGGGAAGACCAAGUUUGAAGAUCAAAAGGCUGCCUUUAAUGGCAGUUGCAUGUACAGUAAUGUUGUUCGUUGUAUAUAGGACUUCAAAGUAUCAACAUGCUCAAGAAGAGAUAGACAAAAGGCGGAGUAUCCGGAGAGAUGUAGAGCCAGAUGUGGCUCAUUCUGGAACGUUAAAAGGCUUGCCACGAGGUAUAAUACACGCCACUUCAGAUUUGGAGCUAAGGCCUUUAUGGUCAAAAAGUAGUUUAAGAUCAAAGGUUAAUGUUUACUCGAAUCGUAACUUGUUGGCAGUUCCAGUUGGUAUCAGGCAAAAGAGAAAUAUAGAUACUAUGGUGAAAAAGUUUCUCGCAGGAGGAGGUUUUUCAAUUAUUUUAUUCCAUUAUGAUGCCAAUGUGGAUGGAUGGAAGGAUCUUGAUUGGAGUAGCAGGGCCAUACAUAUAGCGGCUAAAAAUCAAACAAAGUGGUGGUUUGCAAAAAGAUUUCUGAGUCCAGAUAUAGUUUCUAUUUAUGAUUACAUCUUCCUCUGGGACGAGGAUUUGGGGGUCGAAUAUUUUUCCCCGUCUAGAUAUGUUAAGAUUGUAAAGGAAGAAGGGUUGGAAAUAUCUCAACCAGCUCUUCAUCCUAAUUCGACAGAGAUACAUCACAAAUUAACAGUCAGAGCUAGGACCAAGAAAGUGCAUCGACGGGUCUAUGAACUCAGAGGUAAAACUAAGUGUUCAGACGAAAGUGAUGGGCCACCAUGCACCGGGUUUGUCGAAGGUAUGGCUCCCGUGUUCUCUCGAUCGGCAUGGUAUUGUACUUGGCAUCUUAUACAGAAUGACCUUGUACACGGAUGGGGAAUGGAUAUGAAACUAGGAUAUUGUGCCCAGGGAGAUCGCAGUCAAAAUGUGGGUGUUGUUGAUAGGGAAUAUGUUGUUCACAAGGCGAUACCAACUCUUGGUGGUAAGAGUCAAGAUAUAAUCAAAAAACACGGCUCAACAGGAAUUGAUCUGAGAACCGAGAUAAGACGGCAAUCAUCAUGGGAACUGUCAAUCUUCAAAGAGCGUUGGAAAAAAGCCAUUACCCACGACAAAAGUUGGAUUAAACCAUUUAAGAGCGGUGAAAGACGCACAAGACAAAAGUGCAACCGCCGACUGUGUUCUUAGCAAUUCUUUCAUCAACCUAACAUGGUUUGAUAUGUUAGUCUUGCUUCAUUCAUAGCCCUUGGUCUCAUACAUAGUUAUAGGCACAAUUUAGUUUUUGUAGCUGAGGGAUUUCUCAAUUCAUUGAAUUUUGGAAGAUCUCAUAUUUCUUUAUAUUUUUUUGUUCUUUCAUGGAGCCAAUGUUUUGUUUCUUGUCUUUUUUCCGCUUUUUAAAUCUUCAUGUUUUUCCUAUUUUCAUAAAUGUAAAUACCAAAAUGAAUAAAAUAGUGAUUUUAUGUUUUUAUCA